UUACCUUUACCAAUUCUGUUUUCUUAUUAAAAAUUGUGUUAAUAUCUAAAACUACUCUGUUGUGAGCUCAUCAAGUACUGUGCUUGUGAGUUAUAGUAGGUUGUGUGGUAGAUUAAUCAAGGCAAAAUGGCUGAAGCUUUCGUUGAAGUUUUGUUACAAAACCUUAGCUCUUUUAUUCAAAAGGAACUUGGAUUGUUUUAUGGCGUCGAUGAAGAAUUAAGAAAACUUUCAAGCUUGCUAUCGACAAUCAAGGCUGUCCUUCAGGAUGCAGACCAGGAACAACUGAAAGAAAAGGCAAUAAGAAAUUGGUUGCAGAAGCUAAAUUGUGCUACUUAUGAAGUUGAUGAUGUCUUGGAUGAAUGUGCAGCGAAAGCGAUCAGGUUGCAGGAAAAAUCCCGAAGAAUUGGAUGCAUUUCAAUGCCAUCUGGAUUUACCUUGGAGAAUCUUUUGUUUCGUCGACAGAUAGGGAAAAAGGUUAAAGAUGCCAUCAGGAAACUAGAUGGAAUUGCCGAGGAACGUCUUAAAUUUCAUUUGUCUGAAGUGACUUCGAAGAAACGAUUAUCCACGACAGACGAAGUACGUGAAACUGGCUUUGUUUUAACUUCAGCAGAAGUCUACGGAAGGGACAAUGACAAAAGGAAGAUUGUCGAAAUCUUAACGAAGCAUGUGGAUGAUUUUCAAGAGCUUUUGGUUCUCCCUAUAGUUGGAAUGGGAGGUCUUGGAAAGACUACUCUUGCUCAAUUAAUUUACAAUGAUGUGUUGGUACAUGAACAUUUCGAUUUGAAAAUUUGGGUUUGCGUGUCACAUAAUUUUGACGAGAAGAGGUUGAUAAGAGCAAUCCUAGAAGCCAUAGUUGGGAAAGAUAUAAAUGCUUCCGAGUUAGCUUCGUUACAAAGUCAGCUCAUAAACUUGUUGAGAGGGAAACGAUAUUUACUCAUUUUGGAUGAUGUUUGGAAUGAAGAUCAGGAGAAAUGGGAUAAAUUAAAAGCCUUACUAACAAUUGGUUCGAGAGGUACUUCAGUUAUUACCACUACUCGUCUAGAAAAGGUUGCUUCAAUUAUGGGAACGGUACAGCCACAUCGUUUAUCCUGCUUGUCGGAGUAUGACUGUUGGUUGUUGUUCAAGCAACGUGCAUUUGGUCUCGACAGAAAAGAAAGCUCCAAACUUGUGGAUAUUGGAAAAGAGAUUGUAAGAAGAUGUUGUGGGGUUCCUCUGGCUGCUAAAGCUCUAGGAAGUCUUUUGCGCUUUAAGAACGAUGAAAAAGAAUGGUUGUUUGUCAGAGAUAGUGAUUUUUGGAAUUUGCCACAAGACGAAAGCUCAAUCUUGCCUGCUCUAAGGUUGAGCUAUUUUCACCUUCCUCAAGAUUUGAGACACUGUUUUGCUUAUUGCGCGAUAUUUGAGAAGGGCUCCAAAAUAGACAAAGAAGAGCUAAUUUAUUUCUGGAUGGCCAAUGGAUUUAUCUCAUCGGAGGGAAACUUGGAACCUGAGGAUAAAGGUAAUGAAGUAUGGAAUGAAUUAUACUGGAGAUCUUUGUUCCAAGAAGUGCAACAAACUUCAGAUGGGAAGAUGUUGUUUAAGAUACAUGAUCUUGUUCAUGACCUGGCCCAAUCUAUAAUGGAUGAUGGAAUUCAUGCAACAAAACUUGAAGGAGGGGAAAAGAUAUCGACAAGCAGAAUUCGACAUGCAACAAUACAUGCCGAAGAUAAGUCAUUUCUUGCUUUUCCUAAAAGUACUAUGCCAUACAACCCUUCGACAAUCGCAAUGUAUGGUUCUUUAAGGGUGUUGAUUUUUUGCUCAGUUCAGUUAAAGGAAUUGCCAUCUGCAAUUGGAAAUCUAAUACAUUUAAGGUAUUUGGACCUUUUCAGUACAUGUGUUGAGAGUCUUCCUCAGAGUAUAUGUUCUCUUCAGAAUCUGCAGAUGCUAAGUGUAGAAGAUUGUUGCUUACUUCGUGUUUUACCGAAACAUCUGAAUUAUCUGAGAAAUCUUCGACAUCUUCGGCUAAGAGGCUGUCCAUUGAGUCACAUGCCUCCUAAUAUAGCACAAUUGACACACCUCAAGACGUUAAACAAGUUUGUCGUAGGGAAAAAAAGAUGUUCCAAGCUUAGUGAAUUGCGAGACUUGAAUCUUCAAGGAGAACUAGUUAUUGAGCACCUUGAGAGGGUUGAAAAUCAUAUGGGGGCGAAAGAAGCUCUAAUUUCAAAGCGAAACCUCCACAGUUUAGCUUUGUACUGGAACCAUUCCGUUCGGUGUGAGUCAUCAAAGGAUGUUGAUCUGCAGGUUCUUGAAGCACUAGAACCUCAUUCCGACCUUAAGCAUUUGAAGGUAUCCGGUUUCAAAAGUACAUGCUUGGCAAGUUGGAUGAGGGCUUCAGUUUUGAGAACAAUCAUUACCCUUUAUCUUCAUGAUUGUAAAUACUGCUUGCAUCUCUCUCAACUAGCUCAGCUUCCUUGUUUGAAAUAUCUUUCGCUGAGGGGAAUUCAUGUAGAGUACAUUGACAAUGACGUUGAAAGCGGAGUAUCCCAAUUAAGAAAGUUCCCGUCCUUGGAAUCACUUGAGAUGUGCAAGCUCCCAAAUUUAAAAGGAGUUUCAAUCGAAGAAGGAGAAGAACAAUUUCCGAGUCUUCACGAAAUGUGGAUUGAAAACUGCCCUUUGCUGACAUUUCCAUGCCUUGUAACACUCAGAAAUUUGAGAAUUAUGAAAUGCUCAAACAUGACUCUAGCCUCUAUCUCUAAUCUUUGCGGUCUAACCUGCUUAGAAAUUGCUAACAACAAGGAACUAACUUCUUUCCCUGAAGAGGUGCUAACGAACCUCACCGAUCUUGAAAUAUUGACGAUUAUGGAUUUCUCAAAGCUGGAAGUACUACCAAACAACCUGGCAAGCCUCACUGCAUUGAAGUCCCUGGAUAUUGGUUACUGCCACCAACUAGAGUCUCUACCCGAGCAGGGAUUGCAAGGCCUCACCUCUGUCCGUAAAUUGUCAGUCAGAUGCUCUGAUAGAUUGAAAUAUCUGUCUGAAGGAUUUCGGCACCUAGCUUCUCUGGAGGAACUUGAAAUUUUUGGGUGUCCAAAGUUGGUUUCUUUUCCACAAGAGAUUAAACACCUGAAUUCCCUUCACCGCGUUCACCUUGAUGGUCUGCCAUUGUUCCACUCUAGAGAAGAUACUGUUAUUCACCCUGAGGAGUUGGGUUUCUGGCAACUGCCUGAGGCUUUACGGCAUGUCCACAAUCUGCAAUCUCUUUCUGUAUGUAGAUUCUCAAGUUUGACUUUAUUGCCUGAGUGGUUAGGCGAACUUACGUUUCUCAAGGAACUGAACAUAGUACAGUGUGAUAAUCUUGCCUCACUGCCUGAGUGUAUGGAGAGAAUGAACCUCCAGUCCUUGAACAUUUUGGGCUGUGCAAUAUUGGAGAAGCGUUGCAAACCGGGACAAGGAGAAGACUGGUACAAGAUUGAGCACAUUCCAAAAGUGAAAAUCAGUCAAAAUUGUGAUUUUCUUAGUAUCAACUUGUCAUCAGAGAGGUUCAGUGGUCUAAGGAGAUUUCACUUGUAGAAGGCAUCACCACUGAAAUAAUAACAAUAUAUUUUCAAGUUGAUAAUGCUACUAUUCGUGAAGUGAUGGCGUAAUAGUUAUGAUUACUACAGGCAAGCUAUCCUGUGCUAUGAAAGCCGCACUUAAGCCCUAAAGUGAGGCGCAAAACAUGUUGAGCACUUCUCCUCUCUUCACGUGCACUUCAAUAUCAUCAUCAAGGCUAUAAGACAUACUUUUCCUUACCAAUUGAAAAGUCCCUAAUGUUUGUGGGAUCAAAGGAUUAUAGUAAGAAGAAUAUGGAUGUACUGUAAUGCAGCUUCCGGGUGCAAUAUAUCUAUAAGAAGAGGGGUAAGGGAAUGGAGCGAUCGCAUUAGGUUGAGGCCAAUAUACAAAAGGCGUGACAGAAUUUGGUGGAUACAUUGGGAAAACAGGAUAUGCACAUUGGUUAUGGUAGUGAAUAUUGGGCGCGGUAUUAGCCAUUACAGGUUUUCGCGUAUCUGCUGGUGCUUGACGUGAUGGUAUUGGUAUAAUCAUCUGACUUGGAGAUGAAGCGUAGCCCAUUAGUCCAAAUGGUGCAGGAGGUGGGGCAGAACAUGAAGGUUCAGCAUGUAUAGUUGUAGCUUUCUCUGAAGUUUUGCUCUUAGAGAUUGCUUCUCUCUUGCUUUUCGAUGAUUUUGUCAAUGCUUUUUUCCCCUGCUCUGAAUUGGGACUAUUAUUCUGGAACAAUGUGAACAAUUGCAUCAGAAAAGACAUAAAAAGGUGUUAAUUAGUCUAAGAUGUGAAAGAUAAACUCAAAACUAAAGGGAUGUUUUCACAAGAUGAUUAACUUUACAGUCACAAACAAUGAUUAUCUUUCCUAGUAAUUACUUAUACUCCCUUCGUUUCAAUUUAAGUGUCUUUAGAUUGACUAGGCACGGAGUUUAAGAAAAUAAAGCAGGUUUUUGAAUCUUGUGAUCUUAAACUAAAAAUGUAUGUAAUGUGCCAAAACGUUCUUUGAAUCUUGUGGUCUUAAACAUGUCAUUUAGAAUGUUGGAAUAAAAAAGUUACUGAAUAUAGAAUGAGGCGUUCUUUUUUAAACAGACAAAAACGGAAAGUAAGACACUUAAAUUGAAACGGAAGUAGUAUUCUUGAGAACAUUUAGGAAGGAAUUAUUAUUCAUAACUUGAUGUAACUGAGUUUUACUUUGCAGCUGAGUUACCACAAAUUUUAGAGAAAAUGACUAUGAGCUGCAGAUCUUACAAUAGCAUCAGUCUCAGAAUGUGAUAGAAAUAACUCCUCCCUUUCUGCAUCCUCAUCUGUCCUGCAAAUAUGGAGAUGAUUUGACAAUAAGAAGAAUCUUUCGAGCCCAACAAAAUCAAAAAAUUGCCAGCAGAACAUCCGCAAACAAGGUAAAAGGGAUGCCAGGUGCACGAAGAACCCCUCGUUCAUGAAGGGUCCGAGGAAGGGCCGUACCCAAGGGGGUGUGAUGGUGGCAUCUCACUGAAGCAAGCAUCAGUGGCUGAUUCUACAGAUGAACAUGUGACCUAGAUGUCACAUGGAGACAAACUUUACAUUUCCCCAAGGCUCGAAAAGGUCAUUAGGAAAGCCAGCCAUGAAGAGAAGUGUAAUUCCUAAGGCCUUAAAGAAGAAGCUUCCGCUGCGAAUAUGGAUCAGCAUUGCCAUCCGACAUAUCACCGGACCAAAAGAUUUCAGUUUGUUUCUUCCCAUUCGCUGCCGGACAUAUCUGUUCUUGCUCAACAGUGCAACAUGUAGCAGAAGCAUUCAUCAUGCUGUUUUUCAACAUUCCUGUUUGUGAUAUUUCACCACAAAUCCACAAGAGAAACUAGUUUUAUUAUUUUUAUGCUGGCCAGAGGCAGAGCUAAGGGCCGGGGCGUCGUCGAAAAAUUAUAAUGUAUAUUCAAGAUCAAAAUUACCUUUUGUGUUUGUAUAUAUACAGCACAUGUUGAAUCCCUUUGUUGAUUUCUUCAUGUAUUUACUUCUUUAUAUUUUGAAGGGCAA